AUGUACUCCAAGCUCAUCACCGCCCUCGCGGCCGUCGGUGCUAGUGUUGUCUCUGCCCAGACGACCACCACCAACAUCUGCUCCCAACCCACUCUUACCAUCACCGAUGCUACGAUGGCCAACGCCAUUCCUUGCACCACAAUCAACGGUGCCGUCAAGAUCUCCGAGGAUAUUACCGGCAACAUCGAUAUCAAUGGCCCUAAGACCAUCAAAGGCGACCUAAUCGUUACCAACGUCACUCAACUUGUUGGCCUUACUUCCUCCACCCUUGCCUCCAUCGAGGGUGCCUUCCAGAUGCAGGGCCUGACCCUCCUCUCCGACCUGCGCUUCACGUCCCUCGCCACCGUCGGCUCCAUCAACUGGGUUACGCUGCCCGCUCUCGGCUCUCUGGUCUUCGGUACCGCUGGUGUCACCAAGGUUAACGACAUUCUCAUCAGCGACACCUUCCUGAAGAGCUUGGACGGCCUGAACGUUGCCUCCGUUGACUCCCUGCGUAUUAACAACAACAACCAGCUCGUUUCUUACAGCAACCAGCUGGCCAACGCCACCAAGACCAUUGAGAUCAACUCCAACGGCCCUGACUUGGGAAUCACCCUCCCCAACCUUAUCUGGGCCGGUGAGAUUAUCAUCGCCGAUGCCGCCAAGGUCGAGAUGGACUCCCUCGAGGUCGUCAACGGCUCCAUCAAAUUUGACAAGAACACCUUCACCGAGUUUAUCGCUCCCAACCUGACCCAGACGACCGGUGGCGAUGUCUCUUUCAUCAACAACGUUGAGCUCACCAACCUGUCUCUGCCUCUCCUCACUAAGACCGGUGGCGGUCUUACCAUCCAGAACAACACCCUCCUCCAGAAGAUUAACGGUCUCCCCAAGCUUCAGCAGAUUGGCGGUGCUGUCCUCCUUCGUGGCAACUUCACUGAGGUCGACCUUCCCGCUCUCCAGGACGUCAAGGGUGCCUUCGACACCCAGUCCACUGGCGACAUUGACACCUCUUGCGACGUUUUCAACAAGAUGGAGGGCCGCCAGAUCCAGGGCGACUACAAGUGCCGUAGCAACAACACCAAGGCCAACGAGGGCGGCGACAGCACCGGCGGCUCUGCUGGUGGUUCCCCCAACACCGGCAAGGACAAUGCCGCUGGCAGCUUCGCCGUCAACACUGCCAUUCUGGGCGCUGCUGUUUUCUUCGGUCUGUCUCAGCUGUUGUAA